CUUUCUAGUUUGGAUCAACACUUCCGGAACACUUUCAUAUCAGUGGAGGCGAACUGAACAUGGCUCUGGGAGGCAUAGCUUGACAUAACCUUAGCCAAAUUGACAUCGCGACCUUGUUUCUGGCGUAAUUGUCACUACACAAACGGAAAAUAAAUGACUAAAUGCACCCAGGAUCACAUUGAAAGAUACCUGUGAAAGCUCUUGCUUCCCACCCAAAUGUCAAGGUCACAGUGACCGGGGCGGGCGGAGGCAGAGCCCGUUGCCCCGGCCCCUUUGCCCAGCUGCAGAGCAGCCCCUGUCAGGGAACACAUCCUCCCAUUCCAGUCCUCUGGGUGGCACCUUGAGCCAUGGAGAACUCACGGGAGAAAGAGGGUGAGAGACCUGCACGCAGCAACAAGGCAGGUCAGGGGCGCAGCGGGCACUCGCGCCCCUCGGGAUCAGGCUCCUCCGGAGUGCUCAUGGUGGGGCCCAACUUCCGUGUGGGCAAGAAGAUCGGCUGUGGUAACUUUGGAGAGCUGAAGUUAGGUAAAAAUCUCUACACCAAUGAAUAUGUUGCAAUAAAAUUGGAACCAAUCAAAUCAAGGGCACCACAGCUGCAUUUGGAGUACCGGUUUUACAAAACAUUAGGCAGCACAGCGGAGGGUCUUCCUCAGGUCUUCUACUUUGGGCCAUGUGGGAAAUACAAUGCCAUGGUUUUGGAGCUGCUGGGUCCCAGUCUAGAAGACCUCUUUGACCUCUGUGACAGGACCUUCUCUCUUAAGACCGUUUUGAUGAUGGCUAUUCAGCUGCUCUCCCGGAUGGAGUACGUCCACUCCAAGAACCUCAUCUACCGAGACGUGAAGCCAGAAAACUUCCUCAUCGGGCGGCAGGGGCACAAGCAGGAGCACAUCAUCCACAUAAUCGACUUUGGCCUGGCCAAAGAGUACAUCGACCCCGAGACCAAAAAACACAUCCCCUACAGGGAACACAAGAGCCUCACAGGGACCGCCCGCUACAUGUCUAUUAACACCCACUUAGGAAAAGAGCAAAGUCGACGGGAUGACCUGGAAGCCCUGGGCCACAUGUUCAUGUAUUUCCUACGAGGGAGUCUGCCGUGGCAAGGACUCAAGGCUGACACCCUGAAAGAGCGAUACCAGAAGAUUGGCGACACCAAGCGCAACACUCCCAUCGAGGUCCUCUGUGAAAGCUUUCCAGAAGAGAUGGCCACCUACCUGCGCUACGUGCGGCGAUUGGACUUCUUUGAGAAGCCCGACUACGAGUAUUUGAGGACUCUGUUCACCGAGCUGCUUGAGCGUAAAGGAUACACCUUUGACUACACCUACGACUGGGAUGGCAGACCGAUUCCUACUCCAGUGGGGGCUGUCAACGUGGACUCGGGUGCGUCUGCCAUCACGAGAGAAAGCAACGCUAACAGAGACAGGCCCUCGCAGCAACAACCCCUACGGAACCAGACGGCAGCAUCAGACCGCAGAGGGGCAUGGGAUGCACAGCCCCACCGGCAGACAAACUCCUCCUACCUGAGCAGCUCCCACCUGGCUGCAGACAGGCAUGGGGGCUCUGUGCAGGUGGUCAGCUCCACCAAUGGGGAACUGAAUGCCGAUGACCCAAUGACGGCCCACUCCCACUCUAUCGCAGCGCAGGCCGACGUGGAGGUGGUGGAUGAGGCCAACUGCGUGAAAAUGCUCAACCUGUGGUGUUGUUGCUUCUUCAAGCGAAAACGGAAGAACACUCCACGGCAGAAAUGAUCUGCUACCCUGUCCGGUGUCGCUGAGCGAAUUUAGUUUUAAGGAAACUAACGAAGGGACAUUUCUGGGAGGGAGUUGGGAGAGAGACUUGUUAUUACAAGAGAAAUGGGAUUCUUACUGACCUGGACCUACUGAAUGGAACUCCUAUACACAUGAAGACCUUGGCCACAAAGUCCUUUCUUUUCUUUCCUUCUCGGUGGAUGAAUGACUAAAUUUGACUUUUGACCUUUCCUCUGAAUACUGGAGGAUGCCUGAGGACAUCUCAUCUGCCCCAGUUUGUUUUUUGUUUUUUUCAAGUGGAGAUCAAAAGUCAAGUCUUCCCCUCUCCAUUUCUCUUUUCGGGCGUGAGGAGACCAGUCUAUAGACCUCUACCACCUUUCUUUCUUUCUUGUGUCUGUCUCUCUCUUUCUCUCUCUCCAAACCCACUCACCUCCACAGUAAAAGCCGGUCUUAAGCUGUCCCAUUUGCUUUUUGUUCAUACAAAUUUAUGUCUACAUACGUAGGUGUGGAUGUUUGUUUGAAUGUGUGAAUGUGCCCUAAUGGCUAAUUGAUUCAUAUACCAUGAAGCUCCUCCCACUAAGCCCUGUUUGACUGUCUUUUGAAGAAGGCAUUAUAGAUGAUGCUUCCUAGUCUUGAAGUAACCUUGCUUCAACCCUAGACACCUCCAUGGUCCCUUGUAGAUCUGCAAAGAUGCCACAGGUUCUUUCAAAUCUAUCAAGAAUGGUCUGCAGGUUGAUUUGGGAUUGGCAUAAGUAGUCAAAGCAGAAAGAAAUGGUAGAAAAGGAGGGAACACCAAAAUAAUAACUUUUCUAAUGCAUCCUUGCCAGAAAAAAACCUGAUGAGUACCAAUUCACCUCUCAACAAUCACUAACAAUCACUUUGCCUUCUGCCUCCGUUUUUGUUAAAAACAAUUGUGCUAAUUUCAAUGAUAUGCAAGAAAAAUGUUAGACCGCAGCGAGUGACCAAAGGGAUGUGUGUGGACAGAGGACCUAUUAUGUUACCAGAUUUAGAUUUAACUGAAAAUUAUUUGUAUUCCAGAUCCAUGUUUGAUGCACUGGUCAUUAUUACCCACCCACUCCUUUUCAGCUUUUCAAUUUCAGGCCCAAAAAAAAAAUGUUUGGGGGGGGAGAAUCACCAAUAGAUAUGUUAUGAGUUGCAUUUCACAUUGCUUUUGGUAACAUUGCCAGUACCUGUAAACUGGUCCCUGUUAUCCACAAACGCCUACAUUUGUGUCUGUGUGGAUUUAGGAAAAGUUGCUUCCAACUGCUGAUCUAAGGUCAUUUGUAGAUUUUUUUUUUUUUUUAACCUCCCAAUGUUUAAAGCUAGGAUUGGGCUAUCAUGAACUGACACCAGGUAUACACUUUAGGGUGGCUUCUACCUCCAGUCUGUCUGUCUGUGUACUGAAUCUGGGACAAGGAGAACAGACUUGGCUCUCCUAUUGAUUUAGAUGCUACUGCUCCUCCUGCUGGCCUUACCAUGUAAUGCCUUAAUCAAACCACCUCUCUUCAGAGCCUAUCAGGAUAGGCAUACGUUCACUGCAACAACACACCAGCCAAUAAGAAGACAUGUUGACAAGUCUGGUUCCUAUAGAGCAGUGUUGCUCAACUGGAUUCCUGGGGUACCUUAUGGUGUUGCAUAUUUUUGUUCUAGCCCAGCCGGAACACCUGAAUCAAGAAAUUACAGGUUUAAUGAUUAGUUGAGUAUUAUUUUUGAAUCAGGUGUGUUUGCUGGGCUAGAACAAAAAAUGGAGCUGUGCUGCGGUGUCGACGCUCGAGACCUGGACUUAAGAAAUGGAAGCUGUAGAGAGGGAGACUAUACAGCUGCCUCAAUGCCGCUUAGAGGUCAAAAUUAUUUAGCCUGUGGAAAUGGUUGCGUUUUAGGAGAUGACACUGUGGUCUCUCACUUUAAAUCAAUUUUAGUGCAGACAAGGUUGAGAAAGCAGAAUUUGAAGAUUUCAAAUACAGGAACAGUUUUAUGUGACUCGUGACAGGUCAUCUAAGGUCAUCAGAGUAAAAGGAAGUGAAGGACCUUUUUUUUAUUCUUCAGAUUUGCUUAUUUGUGUUCCUCUGCAGUCAAAACAUUUGAGGUUGUGAAAUGCUACAUUCUACAAUAAUAUUCUACCCUUUUGGUAAACCUCAGUGUUUACUCCUGAGUGGUUAUCUUGUCUGUUUUCAAUUUAUUUUGUUUUGUCAAUGUGAACUGAAAAUGUAUGAUGUCCUGUAAUUUAAAAAAAAAUUAUCAUUGAAUGAUCUUGCUUUUUCAUGGGGGGGUGGGGGGGAGUAUUUAAACAGCGAUUGAGUGCACUACUUAUUUUGUACCUACUGUUCACUGCAGUUAGAUUGCCAGCCUCGCUCUCUACCAUCUAGAUACUAUCCACUGUUUCACUUGUGUAUUAUGGAAAUUGUGGAAAGAACUCUGUGGCUUUGAGUCAAGGCUGGAGGAAUUGUCAAUUUCCUUAUGCUUCUAUUGAAUAACUCCCUUGUACACAGACACACAGGCUUGUGUGAUACUGUAUGAUAUGUUUUUAUCUUUGGAGUCAGUUCCCUAGCUGUCUUUUAUAGGGAUAGACAAACAGAAGCUAUGUAUAUUUUUGAGUAACAAAGCAGUGUUUUUUUUUGUACUGUGUGCAAAUGUCGUAUUCUUCCUUGAAAGUGUAUGUCUUGAGUAAGUAUCUCUGCAGUUUAAAUUAUUUCAAAUGUACUUGAAUUGAAAGAUGUGGGACGAGUCUUAGUCAAGUAGUGGAAUGUCAGGAUUUACUCAAAUGCCAUUGUCUGACUAAAUGAUGUGCUUGUGAGUGAUCUUAAUUCAUGGAUUGGUCAGUUGAUUCACCCACCUAUCAUUCAGACUUUUAGACAUCGCUGCUGACCACACCAGGAUAAUUGUGAAGUGGGUAAAAGGCUUAGGCUGUUAUGUGGUGUCGCUCUCCUUCACUUGCUCUCUCCUUUUCUCUCUCCUUCACCUUGUUGUUUUUGUUGGCUUCCUCCCUUCCUUGAAGUACUUAGUGAAAGAACGUGACAGUUGAAAGAAAUGGCUUUUCUAAUCAUGUCCAAUCAGUGAUUACUUGAAGGAAGAGAGAAAGGACUGUAUUUAUCCCAGCCCUUUAAACUUUCUAUGACACUGGUGCAGCGUGGAGGUGCUGACCCCAGGGUUUCUUGAGAGGACAGAGGAUGUAUUUUCCGCUAUUUACCACAGCCAUAUUGUCAAAAUUGGCUAUAUCGUAAAAAUGCAUGACACUUUUUGGUCUUAAUAUUAUCAUUGUGGUUAGAGGUAGGUUUAAAAUUACAUUUUUAAGAACAUAAAUCUUUGAAGUCGGUGUGUUUAUGACUUUGUGGCUAGGGUAACUAGUGAAGACCAGAGGACUUUUACUGGCUUAUUCACCGGAGUCCCACAUGCCCCCUGAUGGCAGUAUAUAUUUGCCCAUGCAGCCUUCUGAUCCCACUGGGGGUAAUUUUGACACUGCACAUUCCUUUUCCUCCAUGACAUGUUAACACAACCUCCUCCGAUGGCAGGGUUUGUUUGAGAUGUCACUCACUGUAUCAGGAUGCGCUGACUAUGAAUAUGUAUACCUCAGAGAAAAGCCAUUACUGUCUCUAGCGCGCGCACACACUUUUUGUUCUCUCAUUUGUCUUUGCCCCCCAGUGCCAGCUUCAUGACCUCCCCUUCCUCUGGUGCCAAGGGUGCUGAAAUGUUAACAUGUUGUAGACAUGAGCCCUAUUCUCUGCUCUUAAGGUGGUGCCAUUUUAGACACUGGCAUUUGGUGGGUUAGCUGUGUCAUUGCAAGUGCUUUUGGAGAAAACCAUUCAGAAAUAUAUUUUUUUUUGCCAUGUUAUUGCUUACCUGCUGUCUUCCCAGGCCGUGCUUGUGUAACAACCAUACCAUCUCAGAAUUGCUAUGGUUGCGUAUUUCUGACAUUACAUAAAAGGUCUUAUUUUGCUUUAGAUCAUUUACGUGACUAAGAAUUCAUGAGGCUUCUACUAUAGUAAUAUUGCUUAUGAUUACAGAUUAUAAUUUCUUUCAUUUAAGUAUUCUUGACCUUUUCUUACUUGAUCCCAACAACCAAAGUUAUUGUUUUGGCAUCCUUGUUUUCUUGUCAUUGUACUUCCUUUUUAUUAAUGGAACCACUUACUUUAAUACAUACUUGAAAUGUUUUGCCACAGUUUGUGCAACAUGUACAUAUGUACAGUCACCUCUAAAUUAACUAGAUGCUACGGGGGGGGGGCGGGCAUGACUUUGUACCCUCUCCAUCAGCAACUAGAAGACGACACUGAGUCAGAUGGCUUUGACCAGUUGUAUCCUCGUCAUGCCUUCUGCAUCUAGGGGUAGAUUAAUUCAACCGGAGGUUUUCUCAUUGGCUUUAAGCACAAUUAUUAUUGUACUGGUAUGCUUUGUGUAUUUAAAGAAUACUAUCUUGCUUGAAUGAAACGGGUCCAUCAGGGCCUUAACGACCAUUUUCAUCGUUGCUGGUUCCUUUUUCAUUCUCACUGUCGUUCCAGACACUCUCUCCACUUCCUCAGUGUUGGAGAGACCAUUUAUCGAUGGUUGCUUGCAUUUGUCCACAGAAAUGUGUAGGGCACGAGCUGCAAAGACUGCUCAAGUGAGGUAGAUUUUUUCCGACAUUACGUUCAGAGUUGCUUAAACUGUAGACCUCCAGUGGUUAGAGACAAGACUGCAAUAUUGUACUGAUUAUUUUCAAUUGUAAAUUAUGUAAAGUUGAUUAUGUUCAAAUGGGAGUCUAUUUUCUUGAUCCGUUUUUCUUUUCUCCCUUUUCAAUGCUGUCUCCUGUUCUGGUAAUAGUUUCAAAGCUAUGAAUAUGAGUCAAGUAUUACAAUUGUAUUAUGAAUAUUACUGUGUUGAAACAUGAAUGUUACUUCAAAAUGUAUUUGAAUGCUUUAACCUGGUUAAGGGCUCCAAUUGUGAAAAAAAAACUUUUUGUUUAGUUUGUUUUUUGUUUUGUUACACAAACGGUCUCGACUCUUUCUGUCUUAAAAUGCCUACCCCCCUCGCCCCCAGAAACCUCAAGUGAAAUGUGUCUUGGGAACUUUCCAAAAUCAUACUUUUUAUUCCCUCCUAACUUAAAAGGAAAAUCAAGUUUGCACCCUUUUUUAUGUAAAAUAAAUCUCUCUUAACCUUUA